CUCAUGUCGAAGGCAGAACGUACUCUGCAGGAUGGUGUGGCGAAGCUCGCUCUCGCCUAUAGCUCUGAUUUUCGAGAUCAGCCUCACUGGGGAGCUCAAGUCCUCUGUUCGAGCGAACAACCAUGGCUCGGUCUCGUUCUGGAUCAAUGUCACAGGGAGCGGCAUCUUCCCAUCGAGCCGGGUCAAGCGAUAGAGCUACGGUUCUUUCCCGGCUUGAGACUCUUUCUAAGGGCCAAAACAUACACAGCGGACUGUCAAAUGGUCGGACGGACGAUUCUUCACCGGCGGAUGAUAUCGCAUCAUCUCAGGGGAAAAGUGCGUCAAAUGGGAUCAGCCUGUCGAGACCGAAUUCAUUACAGUCCAAGAACAUGACCCCGAGGGCACAAGAAAGCUCUUCUACCGGCGACACGACCACUCUCAUGGGUCAAAAGCGAUCGUCGACUAGGGCGACUUCGUCAACACUCCCCGCGUCUCAGCUGACACCCAAGUGGUCAGCCGUAAAUGGCUCGCUUCGGAAAGUGGCAAGUGAGGGGCGCAGGAUUGGAGGGAGCAAUCAUGACUCAGAUCCGGCAGAUGAGGAGGAAGAGGAAGAGCCCGAAGAAGAAGUAGAGGACGAGGCGGAAGAAGAGGUCGAGGCGUUCGAGGAUGCUCUGGAAUCGCUUAAUGGCUCUGAAGAAGAAGGAGGUGAAAAGGAAGCAGGCUCCUCAAGAAUGUCGAGAAUCAACUCGAACAAUUCUCGAAGUUCUUCCGACCCUCUCGUCCUUCGCGGUCAGAACGAAUCGGACGAGCUAGAAGAUACGGACCGAGCACCGAUAGAGAUUCUGGACGAUUCAAGUUCAGGCUCUGAGUCCAUACUCCGACCUGGUCGACGUCUCAAACGGCGCCAACUCCGUAAUCCAUCCGUCGAGUUGCUAGACGCUCCGGACCAUGGAAAGAAGGACAAAGGCAAGGGGAAAGCCAAAGCCGAACCUUGGUCCAAUGUGAUCAUGGAAAUACCUCUCAAGCCACUAGCAAAACUGAGAACCUAUUCAUAUCCCGACAAAUUUGCGCGUUUCAUACCUGACCAAUCCACUCGACUAUCUCUAUCUUAUUCAUCGGGCAGUCAUCUAGGCAGCGGGAGAAAUAAUCAUACGACGGACCAUGAGGACGAUGACGAGGAGGAUAGCUAUGGAGAUCCAGAGUCUGAUCCUAUAGCUCUUAGAAGAAGUAGAAGGCAUGACAGGAAAUCACCAACUAGGCGAAUACCAAGGACCAGAGCUACUAGAGCCCAAGAGAGAGUCAAUAAGGACAAAGGAGGUCUGUGCGCCAUUCACGUCAACAAGAACUCAACGUUGUCCAUCCUCACUCUCUUUCAUCCUGCAUCCGCGAGGUGGAUCUUACUCACCGAUCCUGUACCUCGACUCUGUCCCUGACCCUCUUAUGUCCGUCAGAUAUCUCGCUAACGGAAGUCCAGUCGCACGCAUUCUCACGCCUUACCACCUCGUCAAUCUCUGAAGACUCAUUUUACGGCACAUCAGCACCUGUCCGAACGCAUAUGCAUCGCAAUAUGAAGCCGCCGGCUCGAUCAGGCCAUCGUGCGCGCACAGACAGCUCCGAAGCGGAUCAGAAAUUAGCAAAGAGGCGUAAACGCCAUGGAAUCAAUGACCACGGGUCGGCAUCCGACGAAGAGUCAGCACCAGAGCGCCGAAAUAGUUGGAAAGUCC